UCAAUGUGAGAAAACAAGAGUUGUCUUGAUCUUCCUUGUUUUGAUUUCUUUUGUUUUAAUUUUUGUGUUUUGUGUAGGAUAGUUUUGUUAAUUUUUAUGUGCUGCAAUGUAAAAUGACUUUUUGAAACAAUUGUGAGAAAUGUGUUGAUAAAGUUUAAACAGUUUUAUCUUUUAUGAUCUCAUGUGUUAAUUAUUGAUCUUUUCAUUAAAAUUAUCCCAUCUUGAUACAAGUUUUUUAAUCAAAUAAUUGAUCUCAAUAGCUGUCGGUGUUUCAUUUGGAUGUUGUUGACCCUAUAUCCGUGGCCUUGGUAUCUGAUUGAAUGUUAUAUUUAACUUAAAUAUUAUUUGAGUCAUUCGGUUGUUGUAUUUGAAGCGCGUAAACCAAAAAUUCAGAUUUGAAUGAAUUCUAAUGAACAAAUGGAGCAGGCAGAUGAUAGUAGGCCUAGUUACCACGCCUUGGAUGAACAACCGAAAGAUCUCACUUUGAAGACUGCCAGAAAGAUGAAGCUGAUACCACCGCCACUCAAUCUCAGUGCCAAUGAAAGCUCAGCUCGUCUGCCGUCAUCGUUGCUCAAAGAAUUCGCCAAUUUUGCUACAAGCCCAAAGAGUCCUCUCAUGCAAAAGCAUCUGCCAUUCAGAAAAAGAACUCAUUUGCUUUCGAACUGUCCGAAACCAAACUAUGAAGACAACUAUCCUGAAAACUACAUUUCGACCACAAACGUCAACGAGAUGAGUGCAUUUGAUGCCGAACAACUAUUGCCAGAUCAGCAACACCUCAAUGGCGUGUCAAGCUCGGUAGUAGAAGAAAACGGAUGCCAUAACCUCAAUGUGCCGAGUUCGGUAGCAGAAGAGAACAGAUGCCAUUUCGAAGUGCCUGUGUCAAGCAGUUUGGCUUGCGAUGAUCAGAGUAACAACUGCGUUCUGGAUUUGUCGACUAACAGCUCAUCUGUGCUGCUGAGUCCCGCCCCCUCGUCUAUCAGCAGCAGUCGAGAGGAGCUGGCCGACUCGACUAGAGCCUCGCCGUUCUUCCACACUCGACUCUGGGGUCUGCCCUGGCCUCCGCCUAUCUGGCACUGUUUCCAACCAGGUAGCAAAGUGAAACUGGGCUCAGUGUGGUGCAACGUGGAGGAGAUGGGUGCAUGUCCGGUCGACUGGCCGCAGGAGUUGAAGGUCGAGCAGAUUGCUAUCGGCGACACCUCAGUGGUGCUGAGUCUGUGUUCGGUGACCGCUGAUCGCUUACUGACCGCUGACCGCGUGCUUACUGCCGAAGUGAGCAGCGUGCAUGCCUUCCUAGUGAAGGACCGCGGCUGGUCGGCCGUCUGUGGCGAAUCUCUGUUUGCCGCCUACAGUGUGCGCUGUCCCUCUCUCCAGCUCAAUGACACCAUCAUGGUGCCCACCAUUCAUAAGCUGUCGCUUCCGCUGCCGCUGCCCUCGCCCGAUAUAUGCGAACGUAUCAAACGUUUCAGUUUUCCGCCACCGGAUGACGCGCAGUCGCCAGCGCCACUAGUACUGUCGCCCCCAGCCACACCGACGCGCAAGACCACGCAGGCGCAAGAUCACGCCGAAAAGCCCAAGCGACCGAUGAACGCGUUCAUGCUAUUCGCCAAGCGAUUCCGGCUCGAGCUCAUACAGUCUCAUCCCGGCAAAGAUAAUCGGGCGAUCAGCGUAAUCCUGGGAGAGGUGUGGCGGACUCUGCCUCAAGAGGAGCGCGAAAUCUACAUCCGGGGUGCACGUGACCUCUCCGAGGAGCAGAAGCUGUUACAUCCGGACUGCUGGAAACGGAAACGAUCUCAUUCUGCCAGCUGACUGUGAUCUCAUGCCCAAUGCGAUUCAGCCCAUGUGAUUCUUAUGAUCUCCUUUUAAUAAAAAUCUAUCUCCAGUAAGUUUUCAACGCAAUGCUUUUAAAAAGUUUCGAGUUUUCAGGUGAUCUUCACUUGAAGUGGAAGCGUACAGGUUUACUGUAUUUGUCUCCACGUUUAUUAAUUGAAAAAUAUAUGUAAUUAGUAUAAUUUUGUAUCAAACACUGAAUGCUAAUCACAUUGAUGUUAUGUUCACGAUUUUAAAAAUAUUUUUGAACGAGUACAACUGGAUUCCCAUACAACAUGACAGUAAAAAUACACAAUUUUCAUGAGACACACAAUAAAAACUAUCAAAUAUCCUUUAUUUCAUUGCAACUCUUAUCAGUUUCAUCUCUUCAAAAGCCAUUUUCAAGUGAAUUCCCAAGAGUUCCAAUCUGGGAAGAAAUGAAUGAAUGAAUUAAUUAAUUCAUAAAUUCAUUAAUGAAUCAAUUAUUUAUUUUAAUAAUAUAUUUAAUUAUUAAAUAAUGUAAUAAUUAUUCAUUAUUUAAUAAUAAAAUAAUUAUUUUCAAUAAUUAUUUUAUUAUUCUAUUUAAAUUCGGCAGGGCUUAGUAUGGGAAUAGUCCAAUAAGAACUUAUGGGGAUCCUGUUUUCACUGUCACAGUUGUUUGCAAAUCCAGCUCAACUCUUAACACAAAUACGAUACUUACUUCAUAGUGAUGAACUCAUUGAUGUAACAUUCUUGAAAAGAAAAAAUAUAUACAAAGGUUUAUCAACGUUUAACAUUGAUAAGAAAAACGAACGUUUAUAAUACGGUGUUACUAGGUGAUUUAAAAAAAAUAUUUUUUCAAUACAUACUGUAUUCUGAUUAGCAUCCUGAUAUUUUAAAAAAAUAUAUUUUCAAUACAUACUGUAUUCUGAUUAGCAUCCUGAUGUCCAGGUUGUUUUUCAACGGUGAAUGUUAUUAUCAAACAAGAUAUAUUUACUUUCAUCAAAUUAGUUUUCUUAUAAAAACAAUGUUUCAAUAUAGACAUCAAAGUGUUAAAUAUAAUUAUUCAUGGAUCUCUCUUUUAAGAAAUGUGUUUGUUAAAUCUCAAAUAUGAUUCUCAUAGUGCCAAAUUCUAAUUACAUUAAUCUAAUAUUCUAAUUCGAUUUUAAGUACCCUUUAACAAAUUAUGAAAAUUGAGUAUGAUAAAUUCAUUUAUUUAGAAAAAAGUUAAGGGUUGAUUGAGAUUCUCAUUAAUUGUGGUAAAAAAAUAUUUUUUCGCCCACUUUAAAGACAUCUUGUGUAAAAUAUUCUCUUAUUAGGACAUCAUGAAUUACAUUUAAUUUAUUAAAUUUAGUAUCCUAAUUCAGUAAUGAACGCACAUAUAAUAAUAGAACUUAUGAUCAUUCCUGGAAGAAAGAAUAUUGAUGUAAUUUUGUCACCCCGAAUGAGUAUGAAUACUGUCAUACUAGAAUUCGCAUUUCUCCACUGCCCAUUAAAUUCGAUUUGUCCUUUUCAAAAUAGAUAUAGAAGCUAUUUCUUUCAUUUGAUGCUCAGGAAAUUGCAUUUUUAGCUAAAUUUUCAUUCUAGGCCUAACGAUUUUUUCUAUUAAACAGUAUUAGUGUUGAUACUGAAUUUUUAGGGGUUGUUAGCCAAAUAUUGAAGAAAUAUCCUCUAGAUCAACAAGUGGACCUACUAGAUCUCAAUAGAAUUGUGCUAAAAGUACUUCCUCUAUUUUAUUUAUUGUAAAACCAAAUUUUGUUGGAGCAGUUUUGCUUUCUCCGCAUUAAGAAAAAUGCAUUUUUCACUUUUUACAUCAUAAUCAACAGUUAUGAUGAUGAUGAUUCUUUCAUCAUAAACAACUGAAAUUAACAAAUUCAGUUACAUAAUAAAGUGGUAUUACAUGUGAAAAAAUUGCUAUUGGUACUUGAGGUGCAUUUCCAAAGUCAUUGGUUAACAUUCUUCCUAUUUUAAUUAAAAAGUUCGUCACAAACUCUGUAGAACACUCCACUACCAAAAUCUACAAGCUUGAUCGUCUCAAUUUGAUCUCUAAACUAGUUGUCCUUAAUGCUGAUUUGUAUAAUUCUUCUCAAUUUUAGUAUGGGACAGCUUGCCAUUUAUUUUACGAUGAUAUCAAUAUUAUCCCAUAUAGAAUAGAUUAUUCCCACUUAUUCUCAUUAGGUCAAGUUGUAUAACUUUUUUAAUAUUGCCCAAAUUAUCGAUUAGUUAUAUUGUCAAGUAAUAAGAUCUCAGGUUUCCAACACCGCCGUUUCCACAAAGAUCUCAAUUAAUUGAAAAAUAUGUGUGGCGUUCGUAGUCGUUGUAGAAUUUUUCCUUCCAAUUUACAUUCUAUAUCUUGUCUACCAAACUUUAGUGCUCUUUGAGAAAUGUUUGGACCAUCUCAUUUAAUUGUUUUAUUCAUAUCGGUUCAGUGAUUGAGAUUAAUCAAUCAGUAUGCUGUACUCCUGACUGUAUUGGAUUUUUUGCUGCUAUUAAUGAUUAAUAUAUUAAUUGCUUGAUCAAAAUAGUGUGCAGCAUACUAACGAGUUAUGUGGAUGAAGAUUGAUACUCUUCAUCAGCUCUAUUAGGUGCUUUGAUUGCUCUUAUUAUUAGUAUUGAAUGAGAACUCAUCGUAGCUUACACUAGUAGGCCUAUCAGUGAAAUGUAAUCUCUAUAGUAUUUUGCUUGAUGCUACUUUAUUCCUGUGUUGACUUUAUAAUGGAAUGAUGCUUCAUUUUUAAGAGUUGAGUAAGUUGAGUCAAGCUCAGCAUCGACCUAUUAGAGGUUGAAUUUAUUGUCUUCCCACUAAAUAAACCGUAAAUUUAUCUAGGUAAUAAUUGCUUCUCUUCGAGAAUAAAUUUUAUUACAAUGAUAAAUACGAUUAUGUGAUAGGUUCUUUCUACUGUUAUCGAUUUACAAACGUUAAUCCAUUGUAUUAUAAUGUUGUUGAAAAAAUUGUCUAAUGUUGUCAUUUUAAAAUUGUCCGCACCAUGAAAUUCCAAUUUUAUGUUAUAUUCAUCCUAAUCAGUAUUGGUUUCUACUGACCCCGAAAAUUGUCUUCCACUUUUCAACAUUUAUUAAAACAAGUAGACUUGAUUUGAAAUUGUCUGUUCAAUACAUAUUUAUUUUAUUUAAGAUUUCUUAGAUUGAACGAAUUGAGAGUUAAUUCAUUCAAAUUGAACUUGAAGCUAAUAUAUUUCAUGGUUUUUACGAAAGAGGACAUCUUAUAGCCUCUGUACCAUUUUAAAUAGCCUCUCUACUAUUUAAUCUUGUUGAUAGUUCUAUUUUAAUAGCUAUUAAAAGUUUUGUGAAAAAUAUGUAUCUCAAUUUCUUAGCUUAAAAUUGCAAUUCAUAUUUAAGAUAUUUUGCUACAUACUUGAUACAUUGAAGAAAUUGAAUUAUUCGAUUCUGAUGAAUGAUAAUUUUUGUCAAUUAUUAAUGUACUGCUUGUAUCAAAUCCAACAAAUCCGUGAAUUAUCUGAUUUUCAUUUUGAAUUGUUUGGUAUUUGAAAAUUUUCUACUUCCUCACUCGUGUAUAAUUUGUUUUUUCAAUUUUAAAUUGAUUUGAGGCAUUAAGUUUUUAUUGCUAGUGAAAAAGAGCUUUAUCAAAACCACAAUCAAAUUGCUUAAAACAUAUCUCUUGUCAUGUCUCUAAAUUUUAUUAUAAUAAUUGCAAAUAUUAAAAAAAACACUGUUCAACAUUUUCUUGAUUUUUAUAUCGUGUACUUCCAUUUUGAAAAUCUCUUACUAUUGUAAUUUUAAUAAUACCAUUUUGGAAUCAUGUCGAAUUGUGCCUUAUACUUUUAUAUUAAUCAAAUCAUUAUUGAAAUUAAUUGAAAAUAUUGUGUGUAUCGUGUAAUGGGUGAAAUCCUUUUCACAUUUUAAAUAUAAUAUACUUUAUUAUUUGUUAUACUAUUCAUUGUUUAUGAUGAUCUCAUGUUAAUGCAUGACAACCAUUGUCUUUCAUGAUGCAAUGCUUUCAAUUGCAUUGAAAAACACAAAAUUGUUCAAAGAUUGCAUUUUUCGUAUUAGAUUAGAAUUUAUAGUAAAUUUGGAUAGUAUGUCGAAUUAGUAUUUAAUGUUGAUUAAGUGUAUGAUUUGUAAUUGUCUAUUUUCAAUCAUAAAAAUUAUUUUUUUUUUCUCGAAAAAUGAAGAGACCCACAUAUUUUCUAAUAAUUAUAGGUCUAACUCUCUUCAAGGCAAAAUAUGUUAAUCAGUUUUCUAUUAUGUUAUUUUUAUGGAAUUCAAUAAAGUAGCUUACAGAA